AUGGUGGAAGGAAUAGUUUUAGUUUAUGGUGCAUUUGUUCUUUUUUUCCAGCCUGCAGGGCAGGGCCCAAUCGUUGGUGUACCGAUUCAGAACAAAGCUCCAAUUACACAGAAGUUCAGUGCUGCUCUGUCUGUUUUAUCGGCAAUCCUGGCAAGUGCUGGCUUCUCCUCAGAUUACUGGAUAAUCCAUGACACUGACAGUGACACCAUAUUGCAUAGUGGUUUAUUUAAAACAUGUUGGGGACCAUUCUGCGUGUCGCAUGUUGAGGCAUUGAUAAAAGAGCCGGUAUGGAUUGUUGAAGUUAUUGCAGGUUUGGCGGGAAUCGGCUUGAUGGCACUCUCAUCAAUUCUCAAGGUGUACAAAAUGUGUACACAUCUGUCAUCAAAAUCAAUUAUUGGCUUGGACAGAGUGGUUGCCAUUUUGGGAAGUAAGUAAAAGUCAAUCUGGUUA